CAAGCCGAUGACAAGUUGAAUUGCUGAACAAGAAAGGCAAAAAUUUGAUAAAAACAGAGAACAAAAUGUCAACUUUUUUUACUAUAAUGAAGUCUAUUUUUUCCGUGGCUAUGAUGUUGUUCAAAUAUGUAUUUUAUCGUGUCAUCUCGUCGUUUUUAACCGGUCUUGUACUGUUAUUUAUCGCUAUUUUAAUGUUCGCCACGUUCUACCAAGCCUAUAUGCCCGUAAUGUCUCAUGUGAAACCCGUAUAUCUUCAAUUCAGCUCGGACUGCCAAGGGCAAGAGGAAUCGACGGCUUUGUGUACAUAUCCCGAAGCAAAUGUAUUUUUCACUUCGUCCAGCAAAGCGAAUGAAGAAAGGAUGUUAAUGCGUGGACAAGCAUAUAAAGUUUUCCUAGAUCUUGAAAUGCCCCCAUCACCUACGAACGAAAAAUUGGGUAUGUUCAUGGUAAACGUAAAAUUUUUAUCUUCCAAAGGGACGGUCUUGAAAAGCUCCUCUCGUUCAUGCAUGCUGCAUUAUGAGUCCAGUCUUGUCCGAUUGUUCCGAACAAUAUUUUACUCUCUUCCUCUCACACUUGGAAUCAGUGAGGAAAAACAGAAAGUGGAGAUUAAAUUCUUUGAUGACUACAUCGAUGAUUCGUACAAUCCCGUAGUUCAAGCCAAGGUUGUGAUUAUGACGAAGCAAGUUGAAAUCUACUCGUCAACGCUUCGUAUUCAAGCUUCAUUUACAGGGCUCAGAUAUCUUUUUUUCAACUGGCCAAUAUUGUUUUCUUUUCUUGGCAUUCUGGGAAAUUUCAUAACUGUUACCCUGCUUUACUCGGCUUGCAUCAAUCAAUUUAUGCCCAGUACAACUCAACCCUCAGCAACUACAAGUAGUGUUGCACAACGUCGACAUGUUAACAAUGUGCAAUGCCAAAAUCCCGCGAGCACCUCACAAUUGAAUACCGUACGUACUUCAACAGCAGUCACAACAGUCACAACCACUCCAGUUUCCAAUGCUGAACCGUCAGUUGUUAGCGGCACUCCAGUCUCAAAUGUUGAGGCGGUCUGUUUGAAUCCCAGAGGACCAUCACAACUGGUGCAAGAAGAAAUGGGUGUACCGGAGAAUGUACCGUCGACAUCGAGUGAAAUUAAAAGGCACCGUUUCACUCGCGUGGCACGUGUAAAAUUAAGGUUGCAUAGGAAACAACCGAAAAUAUCUCAGACAGUUCAAAGACGGGUAAAGAAAGUGAAUAUUAUCGGCGAAAAUAUCGAUGAUGGAUUCGAUGAAUCCGAGUUUAACACCAUUGAAGACGUUGCGAGUAUGGAGGAAGAAGCAAUUAGCAAUAUAACAGAUGCCUCCGUAAGGGAUCCUACAACUGGUAGCUUGUCAUUUAGUGAUAUUCAAAUGGCUAGGAAAAGUUCACCAACUAGGAUAACCCACGUUAGAAAACGUCGAAGAACAGAUUUCGUAAAUAAGGCGAAAAAAGAAGGAGAAUCGAGCAAGACAACAUCAUUAAAAAUAGUAAAUAAGAAAGCGACUAGUAAUUCACAAAAGAAUAGGUUAAAACAAAAUGCUACUAAAUUUACCGAAAAUGGGCCCGUGCCGUCAGAUAGAACUGAACCCCUACUACAUCAAGAUGUGAGCUCAGUUUGGGACAACUUUUGCUUUGCGAAGAGCUGGGAAUAUUUUAAAUUGCCACGAAUACGUAGGCUGGGAACAUAUUUGCAAGAAACAAUGCCAUCUGUUUCCCGAAAACUUAAACACUGUGUAUCUGAUCUCGAAUUGUCCUCUUUGGAGGAGAAAAGAUUUGAUAAAAGCGGUAGUUCUAAGAGAUCUGUUAGUGCAAGUGAUAUAACUUCGUUGGAGGGCACUGCAACAGUCAUGAGUGAAAUUUUCCAGUAGCGAAAUAAUCAUUGUGGCCCAUGCCAAAUACGUAGUGGGAUGAUCAUUCAUUGUCAAAUAUAAAAAAGUAUUUAUAGUAUGAUAUGGGAGGUGGCUCAGCUGUAAUUGGUUAUAAGCUAAAAAUGAUAUGGUUUUAGUGCUGAAAAAUAUACCUUUCCUAUAAUGACGUUACACGGAAAGUCUGAUAUCACACAAAGUUUGAUUCGCCUGUUAGUUUUGUCACGGUUCUGCGAAGGCAAUCAAACUUCGUGUCACAUUUGCAUCCCACGUUUGACGUCAUUAUGCGAAAAGUCUAUUACAUUAAGCUAUAUAGCACGUAAAGCGUUUAUAGCAUAGUGGAGACGAUAUUUAUAUCAAUUAUACAAUUCGGUCACACAAAAAUUAUGGAAUCAAUGCAGCACGACUCGAGCUUUGUAAAAUUGUUAAAUAUUUUUCGAUAUAAUGCUGAUUGUAGUCAUGAACUGUUGUAUGUGAUUUUAUAAAGUACAUCUAUAUUUUAAAACAGCUCUGCUCAAGUCUUUGAAUUGCUGUUGUAGACAUUAUAUCUAAAAGUGGU